AUGCCAAAGCAGAUUAUUUGCUGCCUCUGUUUGAAGAGGUGUAAACAAGCAGCAAGAAGACACGUUGUGAACAGUGGCCUCAAGAACUACCUCGGAAAAUGCUUCUUAAGAGAAGUGGACAACAACGAGAUCAUCUGCAAUGCUUGUUAUGCCAAGUACCGACGACAAUCUUCUACAACAGUACGGCAUGUUGAUGAAGAAUUACCACAAGCAAAUCUUCUGAGCCCAAAGACCAUACAGCUUAAAAUUCCAUCAACCCCAAGAAGCCACAAAUACUGCAUUGUAUGUAAGAAGACCGGAAAUCAGCGAAACCACUUGGUAAAUAUUCCUGACCAUGCUAGAACACAAGCUUUCAUAGAAAAGGGUGUAUUCAUCGACUCCAGAAACAGAUGCUGUCUUAAACAUAUUGAAAAAACUUAUUUUUCUAAAUCAGCACUGUCAAUCAUUUCUGUGACAAAACAGUGUGAUAUUUUUUCUAGGACGGACAUUGUUUCAUUGCUGGAAAAUAUACGUCAUAUGAUCAAAAAACAAAGUCACAUCAACUUUAACAUUCCAUCAAUGAUGACGGAUGAUGACUGCUGCUGUUUAACCGGUUUAACCAAAGAGCAGUUUGUAGAUUUAACAAGUUAUCUACAGCCACUUCGGGCAACAGCUGUUCGGUCAUUGCCUACAUGCCUAGGUGUAUUCCUAACACAGCUAAAAACUGGUCUUCCCAAUAAAAUCCUAGCUGUUCUCUUUAGUUUGAAAAGACACCAGGUGCAAAGAAUAAUACAUUCCACAUUGUCGGCCAUGAUGACAAACUUUGUACCUGAAAACAUUGGGUUUAAACACGUCACACAUGACAACUCUUGCCGAUUACAUACAACUCCAAUUGCUAGAACAUUAUUUUCCUCUUCAUCCGAUCAGGCUGUGAUAGUGCUGGAUGGAACAUAUGUGUACAUUCAAAAGAGUGGACAUUACAAUUUCCAAAGAUGUUCUUUUUCUAUGCACAAACACAGACCGUUGGUGAAACCUAUGGUUAUUAUCGGAACAGAUGGUUACAUUUUGAGCAUCUUAGGACCGUAUUAUGCUGAUGGCAAAAAUAAUGAUGCCUCCAUAACAAAACAUGCCUUCACACACAAUUUAGAAAAUAUAAAUGAGUGGAUCCAAGAGAACAAUGUUUGUAUUGUAGACAGAGGAUUCCGGGAUGCUGUGGUGUUUCUUAAUCUAGAACAAGGACUUGAUGUGAAAAUGCCAUCCUAUUUACCAAAAGGCCAAAAACAACACACCACUGCUGAAGCUAACUCAAGCAGACUGAUAACAAAAGCUAGAUGGGUAGUAGAAAGUGUAAAUGUCAGACUCAAGCAUUUUAAAUAUUUAGAUAAAGUUGUACCUAAUACAAUGAUCCCUUACACUGGUGAAUUUUUGCAAGUUAUUGGGGCAAUCUGUAACAAAUACGGAAAACCUCUAGUGUCAUCUGACAGUCAAUCAGAAAAUAUAGCAAGCUACAUGCUCGAAAAGGCAGAGGAAGGCAACCAUCUUCAGAAGUACUUGGAGGAUAACGAUUUGCUGAAGAAGAAAUCUUUAUUUAAAAAUCUAGAUGAUGCAACUGUGGAGCUGCAAAACUUCCCUAAGUUGAACAUGGAUCAGCUAAGAGAUAUCACCAUUGGAGUAUACCAGCUGAAACAAGCCUCAUCAUACUCCAGAGAACACGUUGAUGACAAUGGAGAGUAUGCUGUGAUGGUGUGUAAGGAAAGCCCAACAUUAAUCAAAGUGAAAAUCCAGUCUCGUCAUACAAGUAGUGCUGCACAUACGCUGUGGAUUGAGUAUGGGGACGGACACUCUCCGUAA